CCCCUCCCCCAAUUGCUACCCACAGCAAACAGGGAUUCUACACCAUCUCUCUCAGCAACUCCUAUCUCGAGUUUGACUGGUUCUCCCUAAUUAGUCUUUGCCUACGGUAGGUCCCACACUCGGACCUGAUCUGAUACAUCGGAAAGCUCUGGAAGCCCCUUCCUUCUCCCCACCAAACACAAACAUCAUGGUUCGCAAUAUUGUCGUUCUUGGGGGCUCUUCCCACCCCGACCUUGUCAACACUGUCUGUCAUCUCCUCGGUAUACCCAACGGCCGCAUCACCCUCUCCAAGUUUGCGGUUGGCGAAACCCGUGUUGAGAUACAGGAUUCUGUCCGCGGGAAAGACGUCUUUGUCAUUCAGUCCGGUUGCGGAAAGGUGAACGAUCACCUGGUCGAGCUGCUCAUCACCAUAUCGGCGUGCAAGACGGCAUCCGCCAAACGUGUCACGGCUGUGCUCCCCCAUUUUCCGUACAGCCGGCAGUCGGACAUUCCCUACAAUAAGACUGGAGCCCCGUUGAGCAAGGCGCCUACCCUCAACGGUGGGAAGAACGACUUUACUUUUGAGAGCAGGCCGGGCACGCCCGGCCCCAUGGACUCCCCCGGAUUGGGAGUCUCGCAUGGCGGGUUGGAGAAGGAGCUUAGCAGGAUCGCAUUGGAGAGGGGUGUGGAUGGUGGUGUUAAUGGUGUGGAUAGGGUAAAGUCGCACCCACCCACGCCCCUUCGGAGGACCAACACUGCGGAGUCUAUCGGCAGCGAUACCGCCAAAGGACGCUACAACCACCAUCACCAACACCACCAGAACUACCAAGGCUCCUCUAGUGUAUCCUCAUCGGUGAAUACUAAUGAAUGGGUCCCACCCAAGGGAACCGGUUACAAGCAAUGGGUUGCUCAAGCUGGUACCCUGGUUGCCGACCUUCUAACGUGCGCUGGAGCCGAUCACAUCAUAACAAUGGAUCUUCAUGACCCGCAGUACCAGGGCUUUUUCGACAUUCCUGUUGACAAUCUCUACGGAAGACCGCUGCUACAAAGGUAUAUCAAGUACAACAUCCCCGACUAUCAAAACGCGGUCAUCGUAUCUCCCGAUGCUGGUGGUGCAAAGCGUGCCACGGCUAUCGCGGACGCUCUGGGAAUGGAAUUUGCAUUGAUCCACAAGGUUCAGAAUAGCCCUUUUCCUUAUGUUCCAGGAUCCCUAUCACCCUUCAUACCUUUGGUUCAUGAGCAAAGAUCUAAAUGUCCCGCAGGAGCGCCGUCCCACUCGCAUCACGGACCGUCAGAACGCUACAAUGAUGCUUGUCGGUGAUAUCGUUGGCAAGGUAGCUAUCCUUGUGGACGAUAUGGCGGACACUAGCAACACUAUUACCAGAGCGGCCAAACUACUAAAGGGUAAAGGCGGCGCGACCAGAGUGUAUGCCCUGGUUACUCAUGGCGUUUUCUCUGGGGACGCUAUCGAUAGGAUAAACGCUUCGGCUCUUGAUAAAGUCAUCACUACGAACAGUGUACCUCAAGACCAACACAAGAGGCUUUGUGAUAAGUUGGUGGUCUUGGACGUUGCUGAGGUUUUUGCCGAGGUCUGCUUUUUCUCUACCGGCCCAUCCCCGCUUCAUGCUUGGGACGUUAGAUGCUGA